UCGGUCAUCCUUCGGGAAGGGGCUCCAGCCACCUGGGGGCAGCCGCCACCCAGGGGACUACGACCAGAAAAGGAGCAGAAAGCCCGGCUGAGCCUCGCGGGCCCAGGCAGGGGACGGUGACGACCACCAUGCAGACGUGCGCCAAGGCCUGGGGGCUGCGUCUGGGUUGCGGAGUCGGGGGCGGCCGCCGCCUGGCUGGAGGAGCGGGUCCCCGGUGGGCGCCGCGGGGCCGUGACAGAAGUAGCGGCGGCGGGGAUAGCGGCGGGGCCGGGGCCUCGCGCCUCCUCGAGCGCCUCCUCCCCAGACACGACGACUUCGCUCGGAGACACAUCGGCCCCGGGGACAAAGACCAGAAGGAGAUGCUACAGGCCCUGGGGCUGGCGAGCGUUGAUGAACUGAUCGAGAAGACCAUCCCUGCCAGCAUCCGCCUGAAAAGACCCUUGAAAAUGGAUGACCCUGUCUGUGAAAAUGAAAUCCUUGCAACUCUGCAUGCCAUUUCCAACAAGAAUCAGAUCUGGAGAUCGUAUAUUGGCAUGGGCUAUUAUAACUGCUGUGUACCACAGACAAUUUUGCGGAACUUACUGGAGAACCCAGGAUGGAUCACCCAGUAUACUCCGUACCAGCCAGAGGUGUCUCAGGGGAGACUGGAGAGUUUACUCAACUACCAGACCAUGGUGUGUGACAUCACAGGCUUGGACAUGGCUAAUGCAUCCCUGCUGGAUGAGGCCACCGCGGCUGCAGAGGCAAUGCAGCUCUGCCACAGGCAGAACAAGAGGAGGAAGUUUUUUGUUGACCCCCGUUGCCACCCACAAACAAUUGCUGUUGUCCAAACUCGAGCCAAGUAUUCUGGAGUCCUCAUUGAGCUGAAGUUACCCCAUGAAAUGGACUUCAGCUGCAAAGAUGUCAGUGGAGUGCUGUUCCAGUACCCAGACACUGAGGGGAAGGUGGAGGACUUCACGGAGCUAGUAGAGAGAGCCCACGAGGCUGGGAGCUUGGCCUGCUGUGCUACUGACCUUUUAGCCCUGUGCAUCCUGAGGCCUCCUGGAGAAUUUGGGGUAGACAUCGCCCUGGGCAGCUCACAGAGAUUUGGGGUGCCUCUGGGCUAUGGUGGACCACAUGCAGCCUUUUUUGCUGUCAAAGAAAACUUGGUGAGGAUGAUGCCUGGAAGAAUGGUGGGGGUAACGAGAGAUGUCAGUGGAAAAGAAGUGUAUCGUCUGGCUCUUCAAACCAGGGAGCAACACAUCCGGAGAGACAAGGCUACCAGCAACAUCUGUACAGCUCAGGCUCUCCUGGCGAAUAUGGCUGUGAUGUUUGCAAUCUACCAUGGGUCCCAUGGGCUGGAACAUAUUGCUAGGAGGGUGCAUAAUGCCACUUUAAUUUUGUCUGAAGGUCUCAAGCGAGCAGGGCACCAACUGCAGCACAGCUUGUUCUUUGACACUUUGAAGAUUCAUUGUGGCUGCUCAGUGAAGGAGGUCUUGGGCCGGGCCGCUCAGCGACAAAUAAAUAUGCGGCUCUUUGAGGAUGGCACACUUGGUAUUUCUCUUGAUGAAACAGUCAAUGAAAAAGAUCUGGAUGACUUGUUGUGGAUCUUUGGCUGUGAGUCGUCUGCAGAGCUCGUUGCUGAAAGCAUGGGUGAGGAGCGGAGAGGUAUUCUAGGGACUGCCUUCAAGAGGACUAGCCCAUUCCUCACACAUCAAGUGUUCAACAGCUAUCACUCAGAAACAAAUAUUGUCCGAUACAUGAAGAGACUGGAAAACAAAGACAUUUCCCUUGUUCAUAGCAUGAUUCCACUGGGGUCGUGUACGAUGAAGCUCAACAGUUCAUCUGAACUCACGCCUAUCACAUGGAAAGAAUUUGCAAACAUCCACCCCUUUGUGCCUCUGGACCAAGCUCAAGGGUACCAGCAGCUUUUCCGAGAACUCGAGAAGGAUUUGUGUGAACUCACUGGCUAUGAUCGAAUCUCUUUCCAGCCUAACAGCGGAGCCCAGGGGGAAUACACCGGGCUGGCCUCUAUCCGAGCCUACUUAGAUGCGAAAGGAGAGACACACAGAACGGUCUGCCUCAUUCCAAAAUCUGCACAUGGGACCAAUCCUGCAAGUGCCCACAUGGCGGGCAUGAAGAUUCAGCCUGUGGAGGUGGAUAAAUAUGGGAACAUCGAUGCAGCUCACCUCAAGGCUAUGGUGGAUAAACACAAGGAGAACUUGGCAGCCAUCAUGAUUACAUACCCAUCCACCAAUGGAGUGUUUGAAGAAAACAUUGGAGACGUGUGUGACCUGAUCCACCAACACGGAGGACAGGUCUACCUGGAUGGAGCAAACAUGAACGCUCAGGUGGGAAUCUGUCGUCCAGGAGACUUUGGGUCUGAUGUCUCACAUCUUAAUCUUCACAAGACCUUCUGCAUUCCCCAUGGAGGUGGUGGCCCUGGCAUGGGGCCCAUUGGAGUGAAGAAGCAUCUUGUUCCUUUUCUGCCUAAUCAUCCCAUCAUUUCGGUAAAACCAAGUGAAGACGCCCAGGCUUUGGGCACCGUCAGCGCAGCCCCAUGGGGCUCCAGUUGCAUCUUGCCCAUUUCAUGGGCUUAUAUUAAGAUGAUGGGAGGCAAGGGCCUUAAACAGGCCACAGAAAUUGCUAUUUUGAAUGCAAACUACAUGGCCAAGAGAUUAGAAAAGCACUACAGAGUCCUUUUCCGGGGUGCAAGAGGAUAUGUGGCUCAUGAAUUUAUUUUGGAUACAAGACCCUUCAAAAAGUCUGCAAACAUUGAGGCCGUGGAUGUGGCCAAGAGGCUUCAAGAUUAUGGAUUUCAUGCUCCCACCAUGUCCUGGCCGGUGGCAGGCACUCUCAUGAUUGAGCCCACCGAGUCCGAAGACAAGGCGGAGCUGGACAGAUUCUGCGAUGCCAUGAUCAGCAUCCGACAGGAAAUUGCCGACAUUGAGGAGGGCCGCAUCGACCCCAGGGUCAACCCACUGAAGAUGUCUCCACACUCCUUGACCUGUGUCACAUCCUCCCACUGGGAUCGGCCGUAUUCCAGAGAGGUGGCAGCAUUCCCACUUCCCUUUGUGAAACCAGAGAACAAAUUCUGGCCAACCAUCUCCCGGAUUGAUGACAUCUAUGGAGACCAGCACCUGGUCUGUACCUGUCCCCCCAUGGGUGUUUACGCGUCCCCGUUUUCUGAGCAGAAGAGGGCCUCUUCUUAGUGUUCUCUCCCGCAGUUCAAGUGACUGACUUGAUGCGCUUCGGAGCAUCUUAUGAAAUAUUUCAUUUUCCACCACAGACUCAAAGCUUUGUAUACUAUGUAUAUUCUCUCAAGGUAAAUGUAAAUACAGUUAGCACAGUGGGUGGAAGCUCAUCGUUGGAAGAUUGAUUUGCUUUGGUGCCUCUGCUUCCACACAUAGCAGUUGCCUUGACUGGGACCCUUUAGUUUUUUGCAUAGAAGAUUUGGAGUGUGCUAGUAACUUUAACAUCAAUGUAGCAAGUUUGAAGAUGUUAUACACCGGAGAUCCAAUAGACAUUUUUAUUCCAAAUAAGUCCUUGUGGACUGUGCCAUCUGUGGGAAACCCCAGGGCAAAUGUUUACAUUUUGUAUACACUGAAGAGAUCUUUUUCCUCCUACUAAUUUACUCAAUCUGUAAUAGCAUUUCUGAGUGUUUUCAUUUUUCCAUAUGUGUAGUUUUUAAGUCUGCAAUUAAUAUUCUAAUAAAAGCAUUGCAAUUUGAAGAAUGCCUUUUUGAUCCAAUUUUCAGCAUUAACUCCCUCAUACCCUAGGUUCAGAGGGGUUUACAGGGUAAUGAGAAUAUCCAGCCCAGUAGAACUGUUACAUUAUCAGUUGUGUCUUUGGCUAAAGAACCCAUUUGUAUGUCUUAGCAGUGAUUGCCACUUAGGCCCUGUUAAAAUUGCGUUUGACUGCAUAUACCUAAAAAACAACCACAGCAGUUUAAUCAAAUAAUUUAUUUUUUUUCUCAUUUAAUAGUAAGUCCAGAGGUAGUAAGUCAAGAGCUAGUCUUCAGUCUUACUAUUCUGCCACCUUUGCAUAUAGUCUUCAUCUUCAUGUUCCUAGGAUGGCUGCUGCAUACCUGGGCAUCAGAUACCCAUUCUAGGUAGGGAAAAGGAAGAGAAACAAAAGACAGAGUCUAUACAAGUUGGCUUCUUUUGGAAUAUUUUUCCAGAGGUUCCACCCAAUAACUUCUGCACUUUUACUGGCCAGGCUUGGUUCCAAUUGCCACUCUGAGCUUCAAGGGGCUAUGAGGUCUUUCACCUGGGCAUGUUACUACCCCUAAGAAAAUCAGAAGUUUGUUAACUGAAGAAAAGGAGAAGGAGUUUCAGGUAGGCAACUAGCAGGCCUGUCACAAAUAUUUCCCAUGGAAAUAGCAAAUGCUUCCGAUGUUCUUCUCCAAUUGUUACUGAGUAUCUGCUUUAAUCCUGACUACUUGGUUCCUUAUUACUCAGACAACUGUUAUUUGACCGGUUAUGACAGUGAUCUGGACAAAAGGUCUGAGCACUCUACUGAAUACUCUGCAAGUGGUCUACUUAAUCUCACAUUUAAAAAGUCUGUAGAACUCUUCAUUUUGGCCAAAGCAGUAGAGAAUUGAUGGGAUCCAUGGUUCCUUUCUUACAUAAUAAUUAAAUGAUAAAGAUCUGAGUCCUUCUCAGUCCAUACUCCCUGGAAUAUGUUUGGGGCAAAAGCAGGUGAUUCAGAGUUGAAGUAAACCGUCUUCACUGCUCAUGUGUUCUCCUGGGUCUCUGCGUGUGUGGCAUCCUCCCCCUGGAACACUUGUCCCACCACCUUGCUUUGCUGGCGCCUGUUCUUCAUGUUUCAGCAACUCUUCAGGUCUUCCACACGUCUCUCUGAAAUGGGCUCUGUUAUUUUCUAGUUUGACACUGUUAUCCUACACUCUCUGCACAGUUAAUACUUAUUCUGUUUACUUGGUUUUUAUCUGCCUCACUAAAUUCUCUGAGAGUGGGGAUCAUAUCUUAUUCAUUACUGGAUUCCCAGUGCCGAGCUAGGGCUUUCCACAUAGUAUGUGUUCAAAAAACAGCUGUAGUUUUAGAUCGUUAGCUGGAAGGACUUGCUUCUCCAUUUCUUAUCCCAAUGCUUUGCCAAUCUAAGCCUGGGGACACCCCACUGGAGAAAAGCUUGAGUCUGUAGAGCAGAUACACUCAUCCACAAUCACUGCCCCAUGCUGAUCCCAGGUAAAGGGGGGAGAUAAAAAGUGGGGUUUUCCCAGUGCUGGUGGAGUGUCAUCAUCCAUCACCUCUUCUAUGGAGAGCAGUUAAGAGGUAGGCUGGGGGCAGGAGUGUGAUGUCAGAGAGGUCAUUCUGCAGAAUGUCCAGAGACAUGAAUCCAGGAAGCAGGAGUUGGUGUCCAACAUGGAGCACACGCCUUUCGUAAACAUAGCACAGGACAGCAACCAGAGUACUUGCUCUGUAGUCAGACUGCCUGGGGUCAUUCAGAUCCCGGCUCCCCUACAUCCUACCUGUAUGACCUCAGAAAGGAUAAUCUGCAUCUCUGAACUUCAGACUCCUAAUCUGUAAAAUGCUAUUACCUACCACUCAUAGGUGGGGGAGAAUAUAUUGUUUGGAAAUGUCUGGCACAAAGUAAGUGCUCUUAAAUGUUAGCUCUUGUAUCCUCAUUCUAAACUUAGGGUCUGAAAAAAAUAAAUAAACAAACUUAGGGUCUGGUGUCCUAUACUCUACACCCUAUACUCCUUGACCCAGCCCAGGACCCCGACUCCAAUUUAACCUACCUUGCAUUCAGAUCCACCUUCCUUUCCUUCCCUAACAGCCCCUUUCGUCUGGACCAUCAGAAAAGUAGAAGGAACAUGAGUUGUGACUUCAUACAGAUUGAAUUAAAUUCUCAGAUAAACCAACUGUUUUGAGAAAACAAGCAAAUUCACUUAUCUUUUCUGCAUUUCAGUUAUUUAAGGUAUAAAAUAGCAGUAAUAAAAGUACUUACCUCAGUCAGCCUUGUUGGAAAGAUUAAACAAGACAAAGUCAGUACUUGACAUAGUGUCUGGCCCUCAGAAAUCACUAACUCAUUCAGCAAACUGACUCAUUAUGUACCAGGUAACAUUCUAAAUGGAUUCCGUGGUGGCUGCUUUAGCAGUCAAGAAUCCACCUGCAAUGCAGGAGACACGGGUUCGAUCCCUGGAUCUGGAAGAUCCCCUGGAGAAGGCAAUGGCAACCCAUUCCAGUAUUCUUGCCUGGGAAAUCCAGACAGAGGAACCUCGUAGGCUCUACAGCCCAUAGGGUCACAAAGAGUUGGACACGACUGAGCACACACACCAUUUCAAUGACAGAUGAACAGAUGAAUACAAGAUGAGUAAGAAAGUUAAGACCUCUUUCAUGGGGCAUCAACUCUAGAUGGACAAACACAAAGAUUUCACAGGGUUAAAUAUUCGUUAGAAAACAAAAACCAGUAUGGUACGUGGCUAGGGGCUUGGGACUCCUUUAUAUUGGAUGGCCAGGGAAGGAAGGAUUCUCUUACAAGGUGACUUUCAGCCUAAAAUCUAAACAAAAUGAAACCAGCCAUGACUAGAUGUGGGGAAGAGGGGUCGGGGGUGUUCAGGAAGAGGGAGAAGUAUGUUUGAAGAUGUUAGUAUAUGUAUUUCCAUCUUUAAGCAUUUGGCUAUUUUCAGUCUCAUAUGUAAAGGAUUUAAAGAAUCCCUGGGAAAUAGGGUAGGAAGAAAGAAGAUGAGGAAUAAAGGCUGGGGUUGAAGAAAGGUGUUGGAGUAUUUCUGAAAUAAAAAAUGGGGAGGAGGGAUUUGAGCCUACAGUCAAGAUCAUAGGGGAUGAAAAUGGGGUCCAGAGAGGAAAAAAAAGGGGCCCUGGCUCAGGAUGGAGGGCUUUGAGGGAAAAGGAGAAAAGGUAUGGGGGUGAGGGGUGGGGUUUGGUCCUUAGGUCAGGAAGGGAGGGAAGGAUUUGUAACUGGGGAAGUGGGGUGAGAAAUGAAAAUGGGGGAAAGAUGCAGGUUAGAGAUAGGAAGGAAAUGGGAGAGAAGGUGGUAAGGGCCUAUGGUGGGGACGGGAAGGAUUCAGAUGCGGAAGAGGAAAGAUCAUUAACUCAGUGCAAGACAGGUAAAAGAUAAAUUGACAGGAAAGAAAAGUCAGAUGACAGGGUAGGGGAGGUGGGUAAAAGUGCUCCAGGGUGAGAAGGGAGUCAAGAGCAUGAGCACUAGGCCCAAGUAAGCAGGUGGGAAGGACUCCCUCCAAUUAGGGAGAGGAGAGGAAAUCAAGAGAAUGGGAAGGGGGAUGGUUAAAAAGCUGACUUGAGAGCAGUCUCAUAAAAGGAAGGGGUGGAGGCAAGAGGAGACCCAAACUUGGGAGGGAGGCAGGCUGACAGAAAGCAGAGGAAGACGAGAGGAACAGUCAUGAGGGGCAGGCGGCACAUGUAGCGGGCAGAAGAGACCUAAGGUCCAAGUUCCCUGGAUGGGAAAGAGGCUGGGAGGAGGGCCCAGCUGUAGUAGGGUGGGGAGGCCCUUCUAUAAAAAGGGUGGAGGGAGGACCCCAUGAUUAGGAGGGAAAUGUGUGUGGGAGGGAGGGCCCUGAGAGAAGAGGAAGGACAGGAAGUCUUUCUUAGAAGCCAACUAGGCAGCAAGAUGUCUGAACUGAGGAAAGCAAGUAAGAGUGAAACCUGCGGCCAGAGGUAAGGAGGUAGGCAACAGAGGAGUGACUAUCUUAGGGUUAGAAUAUCUGUGAAACUGAAAACAGAGUCCAGAGAGUGGCCAAGCCCUGAGGACAGGGCUAGUGGAGACUUCCCAGGAAGGGAGUCUGAGGGGCUGGUUGUGGCCACAGAAGUAGACAGGGGCUCUGUUACACCUGUGUGGGUGAGGGACGUUCUCCUACUGCCGCCUCUUCUUACCACUUGCUUCAUUGACUACUUGAUCUCCUAGUCCUCCCCAUUCAGAAGGGCCUCCCAGCUGUGGCUUUACCUGGCCAACUAACUUCAGAGCCUUUGCACACACUGUUCUUCUGGACGUUUUCCCAGGUCUCUUCCCCACCUCUCAUAUGUAUAACUCCCUGGGAAUGGGGAAUAAGUCCCUGAUAUUAAAGAAGCUACAAUACCUGUUCUCAGAUGACCCAUCUCAAAGUUUUGGAACACAUCGUCAAUCUGGGGGAGGGGGCAGUCUCUGGUGCCUGGAACUGGGAAGGGUUACUAGAUACCUUUUCUGUAAAAGCAGUGCUGCUUAACUAUGGUUUUAGAGGCCUUUGAAGGCUAGCCUGGAAAUCUACCUCUUUCCUCUGUAUCAUUGUUCCUACAGGAAAUAUUUAUAAAAUUCAUGAAGAGAUUUCAUUUUCUACUUACAUUAAGUUACAGGUUAUGGCCAUCAUUCUUUUACAAAUUAAGUUCUAAAAUGCAGGUUGGAGAGUGCCUGCAACUUCUGAAUUCAAGGGAAUCAAUGAAUAAUGGAAGGCUGAAAAAAAAAUCAACUACAAAUUAUUUUUUUAAUGGACCUCGAUGACUCUCUGUGGGUCUGGAUCUCUUAUAGAGGUCUAGGAUUUUCAGAACCAAUGCAAGAGAAUUUUGGUGUGCUUCUGAUCCAUUUAUUGCAUUGUACUUUAACCUCACUAGUAAAAGCUUUUAUAUAGUUGGGAGUAUGACAUCUGCAAUUUCCUACAAAAGCACGUCUUGAGGAGCAUUUGAAAAAACAAAACAAAGUCUUGGUGAGAUUCAGAAGAUUUAAGUGUUUUAAGUCAGAGCCAAAGUCAAAAAUUCCCAGAAAACAGGGUGGAAUCCAACAGUACCAGGAGUGAUGUCAGUCAUUCCCCAAAAAUGCAGAAUUUCCCCCAACAGUGCUGCCACUGGAAACUUGAUCCAAAAUUGCUACUCACUGCAGUAGGAAGCAGCCAAAGCAGAAUUAGAUACAAACAGAUUCUUUCUUAAAACUCUGGCAUAAAGAGUGGAAAAAGAUAACUUGCUUGCAUUCAAGACAUUUUAUCCAACGUGAACUACAUAAGAAUAUUAAAGUUCCCUAAAAUAGAAGAACUAGAUGUUUUUAUUGGUUAAGAGAAGUGGCUUCAAAUACAUUCCAAAAGACAAUGAAGAAAAUACUUUCCAUGGAAGAAGACAGUUGGGUAGGCUAUUAAAUAAACUUGCAAAUAGCAAAGGAGUGAGUAUAGUGUGUGGUGCUAGCCAUGUUGUGGGGGGGAGCGGGGGAGAGUCAGCACUAUUUCUGUAUUUUGUCAGAAAGACUGCCUUUAGCCUGGGACCGUGCCUGCCAUUCACAGAAGUGCUGUCAGUGUGGGGUCUAAUUCUCCUGAGGAGCAACAGGCAGUUUGGAGUCAAGAGGCUGAAAGAAGCCAGUUAAGCAACCUCAGUACCAUCCUUAUACAACUUUGUUAUUUCCCAGAAACUAGUUGCAUUUAGGAAUGAAGUCCAAGGCUUUUAUAUGAAAAUGAGAAGAGUCUCUAAAAAGAAACAAGUGCCAUGCAACAACCAUUCAGAUAUUUUCAGAUGAAAUUCAGUCAGGUUACACACAGGUUCUCUUUAAAUCAGUGUCCAAACCUGGUUUUCAAAGAGCAAAAGCAUUUAAUAUAAAAAUACUGGAGUUAACAAAAUUAGAAAUGAAAA